AUGCGUAGAACUGUGAUCUUUCCGGGCAUUUUGAUUAUUUUAUUAGAGCAAUCACUGACACAACGGUGCGACAAGCAGAAAAUCAUAUUGUUGGGCGACGGCAACAUGGGAGCGACCUCUCACUUCAGCUGGCUCGGCUUAUUCAAAGUGGCGAUAGACAAUGGGGACGUGGUGAAACACGCAGUAACUGCCAUCGUGCUCAUUAAGCCAAAAUAUGCGCUCGCCAAUGCCGACGACAUUGCCAAGAUACCAGAGAAUAUCUUCAGAGAAGACAGUACGGCGAUGUUCUUAUCGACAGACGGCGUGCCAGUACACUACAGGCCGCUGUCCUACGUCACCCAUCCAGAGUACGACACCGUUGUGUACAGCUCCAUUGCCGUCAUCAAACUCGCUGUGCCAAAUAACAGUAAGCUGUCACCACUUUAA